AUGCCGAAUCCUUAUUAUACACGUCCACGGCGACCACGAUUCUUCCGUAUAGAUGUCUAUUUUGGUAGAGAAGCCACAGGAGGAUACGAGUAUUCGUGGGCAGAAAAGUGGUGGAUAUACAGAGCAAUUAGCUACGGAUCUUUUGUGGAGAGGUGCCACCGUUCCUUGAUGAGGCAUCACCCAAACACAGUUUUAAGAGAUUUCAGGUUGAUUCUCAAUGUCAUGUCGGAGAGGUACGAUAAAAUCACUCCAGCCAACAUUCAGGCAGUCAUGAGAGAACUUGAAUCUUCUCAAGGAAGACGCACGGUAUUUCCAGCGUACAUCAAGCGACAACCUUCAGUGGUAGAUUCAAAUAAUUGA